CGAGCUCAUGGCCUACUUCGUCCAUACGGCCUUACAGGUCAAUACUGGGAAAAGCUCGGUGAGAUAAUAAUUGACGUUGUCUUGGGACAAGAAGCCGUACGCGAUUUACCUGGGGCUGGUCAGGCAUGGGUGAUUUUCACUGCCUGUUUAAUUGACCAGAUGCGAGCUGGGUUUGAAGAAAGCCGGGCGUCAUAUCAUUUAUUUUCCAAACGUGAAGAAGUGCUUGGUUGCGCUACAAAGCAUUUAUGCAAAUCGGUACAGCUUUCAGAAAUAGAGCUACUCUCCAGUGCUCUAGCUAACUAAUGUUAUGACAACUUGAGGCGUAGUCCUUCAGUGCAGAUCGUCGUCAGGCAGUCGUUCUGGCGCUCGCUUCACAGUCCAAGAAACCUUGUCGGUAUCCAUCUUCGUCCUUACAGAAGGAACUACAACCACGGGGCAUGGUUUCUGUUCAUCUGCUUCGUGAUCUUGAUUCCAGUCAAGUAA